AUGACGUGGCUCGACCAGGCUGUGAGCGAGCUGAAAUCGGGCACUGCCUAUCUCGAUUCGGAUGGGAUCCCGUGGAAGCAGCUCGUGAUCACGCUGCUAUGGGCCGUCUACCUCUUCGAGACUUUUGUGUCCCUGCGUCAGCUGCGGCUGUACGACAAGACGACGCCGCCCAAGGCACUCGUGCCCCACGUGUCGAUGGACACGUUUGUCAAGAGCCAGGCGUACGGCAAGGACAAGGCGCGCCUGUCGCUCGUGUCGGACGCGUUUGCGCAUGCUUACAACCUCGCUGCGGUGUACUUUGACUUUUACGCGCUCGCGUGGGUCUGGGCGGGCGACCUGCUUGCGUUGGUGGGCGCGCCGGACAAUGAGCUGGCCAAGUCGGCGAUGUGGGUCGUGGUGAACACGGCGAUGCACGAGGUGAUCGCCGUGCCGCUGAGCAUCUACCGCCACUUUGUCAUCGAAGAGCGCCAUGGCUUCAACAAGCUCACCUUUAGCACCUACGUCUCGGACACGCUGAAGGAGUGGGCGAUGGGCAUCGUGAUCGGAACGCCGCUCAUCGCGCUCGCGGUGUGGGUGAUCCGCUGGGCGGGCGACUACUUUGUCUUGUACACCGUGCUGCUCUUUACGCUGAUCAUCCUUUUUGGCACCGUGCUCUACCCCCUGGUCAUCCAGCCGCUCUUUAACAAGCUCACGCCGCUGCCGGAGAGCGCGCUGCGCGACCGCGUCGUGGCGCUUGCGAGUGCGCUCAACUUCCCGCUCAAGCACCUGUACGUGAUCGACGGCAGCAAGCGCAGCAGCCACUCGAACGCCUACUUUUACGGUGUGGUCCCGGGCGGCAGCAAGCACAUCGUCAUCUACGACACGCUCAUCGAAAAGUCGACGCCGGCCGAGAUCGAGGCGGUGCUCGCCCACGAGCUCGGCCACUGGGCGCACUCGGACCCGACCAAACUGCUGAUCGUCUCGCAGCUGAACCUCGUGCUGAUGCUCUCGCUCUUUACGUUGUUCAUCCACAACGCGUCGCUCUUCCGUGCGUUUGGCUUUGCGACGAAAGCCUCGCCGGGCGCGAUCGCCGUCGAGCCCUACCUCCCUGUGAUUGUCGGCCUCGAGCUCUUCCAGCUCGUGCUUAACCCUACGGACGCCCUGCUCAAGUUCGGCAUCAAUGCGAUCGUACGCCGCAUGGAGUACGCCGCGGAUCGCUUUGCUGCGGAGCUGCCACGUGCGCCGAAGACGGCGGCCGAGCGCGAGGCGCAGCGCCUGAUUGAGUCGGGCGCGACGGCAGACGAGGCGGGCGAGCCGAGCGCGACGGUCGUCGACUGGGUCGACCGCCUGAGCAACGUGCCGGUGCACCGCCUGCCGACCGACAAGGUUGGCGAGGCCUUGCCGGAGGACCAGGAGCCCUACACUGAGCUGCUGGGCCGCGCGCUCGUCAAGUUGCACAUCCAAAAUCUCUCGACGAUGCACCAUGACCCGCUCUACAGUGCCUACCACUAUUCUCACCCCACACUUACCGAACGCCUCGUGGCGCUGAACCGCCUCGCGGACUCCAAGAAGACGCAAUAG